AUGGUCCACAUCGAAGAACAAUACCAACUCCCCCGCGACUUCGAAGGCUACGGCCCCAGCCCACCCUCAGCAGAAUGGCCCCAGGGCGCCCGCAUCGCCAUCUCCUUCGUCCUCAACUACGAAGAAGGCGGCGAGCGCUCCAUCCUCGAAGGCGACGCCCACAGCGAACCCUACCUGUGGGAGAAAGGCUCUUCCGGAGGCUAUAAAUACGGCGCGCGCUACCUCAACGCCGAGCAGGAUUUCGAGUAUGGCUCGCGGGUGGGCGUGUGGAGGCUGAUGCGGUUGUUCGAGGAGUUCGGGUGGCGGAUUACGAUCUAUGCGGUGGCGAGGGCGAUGCAGUUGAAUCCGGAGUUUGGGAGGUGGUGCAAGGAGAAGGGGCAUGAGAUUGCGAAUCAUGGGUUGCGGUGGUUGGAUUUUUGGGAUUUGGAUUUGGAGAAGGAUAAGCAGUAUGUCAAAGACUCCCAGAACCUCCUCCACGAAGUUACGGGCGAGUUCCCCGUGGGCGUCUACUUUGGCCGGAGCACGCCCAAUACUCCCGGUAUGCUCCCCUUGAUCUUCAAGGAGAUGAACAAGGACCAAGGCACGCCGAAGCUGCUCUACAGCUCAGAGUGCUACAACGACGAUGUGCCGUACUGGGUCGAUUUGCCGUACGAGAAGGACUUGCCGGAUGAGGAGAAGGAGGGCAUGUUGUUGAUUCCGUAUAACUACGAUUGCAAUGACGGCAAGUUUCACAUGGCACCAGGUUUCACGUCUAGUAGUGGACAGCUCUAUGAGCAGUACCUGAAGAGCACAUUCGAUAUGCUGUAUCGCGAAGGCGGCAAGAUGAUGAACAUUCCUCUGCAUAGCCGUAUCACGGGCAAGGCGGGUAGAGCAGAGGCCUUGAGGAACUUCAUGCUGUAUGUCUCGCAAAAGGAAGGAGUUUGGGUGACGACGCGUAAGGACAUUGCUCUGCACUACAGAAGCAAGUUCCCGUAUAAGCCCGGGUCGAGGAGAGGCGGCAAGUAG